GGGAAUUAACAAAGAUUAAAAUGAAUUUUGUGAAAUUCCUACGUCUCCGUAAAUCGCCAUAUGGAAUUGUCUAUGGAAUAUCAACACAGGAUAUAUUAAUAAAGGAGUCAUACUUGCAGAUGAUUGAAAAGAUUGAAUACGAUCGUACUCAUCAUGAAAAAAGAGGUUGUAUCAUAAUUGGAUCCCCCGGAAUUGGAAAAACACACUUUUCACUAUAUUUGGCGUUUUAUAUAACUCGUCGAUAUCAUCCAGCAAAUAUAGUUUAUCAUCAAUUAUUAGGAGAUAGUUCUCGUGCACUUUACAUAAACCCCAACGAAAGUAUUAUAAAAAUCCUUGAUUUAACACUUGAAUUUCCACAAGACUGCUUUUAUAUUGCUGAUUCCGUAAUCCCUCUCCCAUGGAAAACGAUAUUUACGUUUCUAAUAACAACACCGAAAAGUGGUCGGUGGCAUGAAUUUGUAAAGGGACGUGUCAAGAGGUAUUACGCACCAAUCUGGACCGAAGAUGAAAUUUGGGACAUUUGGAAUGUAACGUAUAAAACCAAAAUAUCAGAAAAUCGAGUCAAAGAGUUGAUUACACGAUGGGGGUGUAUCCCACGAAAAAUUUUUGAUGAAUAUGACGAAGAGCCGAAAGUUGAUGAUGUAGUUUCCCAGUGUGAUGCUUAUGCUUACCUUAAAAAUGAUGGAAGAGAUUUAGGUGACAACUAUUCCGGAAAAGCCAUACAUAUAAUUCCUAAUAUUGAUUUUACUGAUAAAACAUACGUUCCCGCUUCACCAGAAAUAU